UGGCUCUCCUCCUCCUCCUCCCCCCCUCCCCAGCUGCGGAGCCAGCCAAGCAGCUGGCUGGGAGGGCUUCCACCACCACCGUCCAGCGACUGCCGCAGCGCAGCUGGGAAGAAAAGAAAGGGGAAGGGACAGGCCGCCGGCUCCGGAUCGAUCACCGGUUCCUUGCACAGCCUCUGAGGGGUCGAUGGAUAGCCUGUCCUGCUUGUGAGGCACGCGGCGCGGUGGCGCCUUUGGAAGUGCCGCGAAGCCAGCAUGUGGACUGGCCAGACCCAUAUUGAGGAGCCCAGGCUCCAAAAGCAGCUAGUAGUGAGUCAGUGGAAGCCUCUUUCAGCAACUAACAGAGGGCAAGAGUUACAGCUCCCAGAGCCUUCUGUCAAGAGCCUGGCUGGUGGGGAGGAGACCCUGUCGUUGGCACAACUGAACGUCUCCCGCUUACGCAGCUCCUCAGUAGAAAUCCGUGAGAAGGGUUCUGAGUUCCUGAAGGAGGAGCUCCAUAGAGCUCAGAAGGAAUUAAAGUUGAAGGAUGAAGAAUGUGAGAGACUUUCCAAAGUCAGGGAGCAGCUGGAGCAGGAACUGGAAGAGCUGACAGCAAGCUUAUUUGAGGAAGCCCACAAGAUGGUCCGGGAGGCAAACACCAAGCAAGCAGCCUCAGAGAAGCAGCUGAAGGAGGCGCAAGGGAAGAUUGACAUGCUGCAGGCAGAGGUGACAGCCUUGAAGACGUUAGUUAUAACGUCAACUCCUUCCUCGCCAAAUCGGGAAUUGCACCCACAACUUCAGAGCCCCACCAAAACAGCCUUCAGAAAGGGACAUGGACGCAACAAGAGCACCAGUAGCACCGGUGCAAUCACAGCUGCUGGCCAGAGUGCACCCCAGGAAUCAGUCAACAGCGAAUUCAAAGAGGUGGAUUCCAUCUUGUUUGCAGAAUUUCAGGCUUGGAAGGAGUCUCCAACAUUGGAUAAAUCAUGUCCUUUUCUCAAGAGGAUUUACCAUGAAGAUGUAGGCCCUUGCCUGGACUUCACCAAGCAUGAACUUUCAGAGCUGGUUCAGGCAGCUGUGGAGCAGAACACCCUUACCAUUGAACCAGUGGCUACCCAGGCAUUGCCAGUAGUGAAGGUGGCAGCCAUUGAAUGCGGCGGACCAAAUGGGUUCCGGUCCCAAAUUAUAACAAAAUGCGCUUUGAGUGGCCUGUCUCGAGCCUGCAAGCAUCGCAUCAAACUGGGAGAUUCUGGGAAUUAUUACUACAUUUCCCCUUCCUGCAGGGCCAGGAUUACAGCCGUAUGCAACUUCUUCACUUACAUUCGGUACAUCCAGCAGGGACUGGUGAGACAAGAUGUGGAAUUGAUGUAUUGGGAAGUCAUGAGGCUUCGGAAGGAAAUGUCCAUUGCUAAACUGGGCUUCUAUCCCAGCGAGAUGUAAAUGGAAGAUGAUGAUCGGGAAGGAUUUUUACCUUCAGUUAUUCUGUGGACACCCAGAAAAAUCGAUGACAGAAUGUCUGCUCAUAUUCAAGAUGGCACAAUAUUAAUUGAACAUGUAAGAAGCACAGGCUUUUCCUGUUGAGUGGCAGCUUCAGUUUCUUGAGAGCAUCUACUCCAGGCAUUUUUACGCAGUGAAUAUGAACUCUCUGGCACUUUGGAAUGAGGCCAUGUUGGAACUCCUUCCUUUUUUUCUAUGCAUUCCUCCUCAGCCAGUAUAUAAUAUUCUACUUAAAAACCACUCUAUAUACGCACAUAUAUAAAUAUAUAAAAACAUAUUCCUGAAGCCUUGGCUGGACCUUGGGCUCAUUAUUUGCUUGCCACUCUGAGCUCUAAAUGCUGUUGGUCAUUGCUGCUUAAUGGAUAGAUAGAUAAACAACUGCUCCAGCUUUCCAAAGGCAUGCACCUGUUGAAAACAGCCUUCCUUGAGAGCUGCAAGGUGCAGAUCCCUCCAGUAUUUCUUAGGAGCUUGAAGGAAGUAGCUGGGAAAAGUUUUGCUUUUGUUUCUGAUUGUAGCUCAGGGUUUUCCUUUGAGGGAUCCACAUGCCCUUUCCCACACAUUGCACGCUGGUAUUAAAGCCAUUCCUGAUCAAAACCCCAGUAAAGAUGGAAGGAUGGGGAAAUGAUCUAACGGAUAGCCACUCAUAACUAAUGGACUUCAUUUUUAUGCCACGGACGUUCUAGAACACGCUCUUCCCACCUGAAAUCAUUUCUCCCACGCUUCUUCAAUUGCGCUUGCUUGCAUUCAACAUACUAGUCCCGGAUCCAUUGCUAUGAUCUUCCUUAGGCCACAUUUCUGCUGUACUCCUGGUUCUCAUGUUUUCUAUACUUAACACACACACACUCACACACAGACACACACACACACCUUUAUUCACAUCCAAAGAUUGACCUCAGAGACUGAAUUUUCUAGCAAGUCAUUUUUUAAAAGUGGGGACUAUUUGGAUUUAAUUAGUGAAACUUCAGUUUUGAUGCUGCAGUAUUGAUGGGGGCCUCUCUCUUUUUAUUGUAUUCUAGGGUUUACUUAAAAUUGAUAUUGAAUUUUUAAUUCAAAUAUCUAGAUGACCUGUUGGGUGUUAAUAAAAUGAAAAUGGCUCUGAUUUUCUCUGGUUAAAGAAGGAAACAGCUUUUCCUUUUGGAUGAUAUUUUGAAACUUCUGAGAUGAGAACAACCGAUGCAGGCUUCCUAGAAGACAUAAUUUCCCUUGGUAGCCAUUCCCUCCUACUUUCAGACCGAGGGGUCUAGUUGGUGGUUACUCAUUGUGGAAGGCACUUGCUAUUUCAGCUUCCAUCCAUAAAUAAUGACAAUGAAAAUCAGGUUUUGUUGAUAAUCCAUGAAUUCACAAAGCCUCUACAAUCAGAGUCUCCUGCUUGGAUGAUUUUAGCCAAUCAAUUCAGUUUGUGUUACUGAUUGUUCCAUUGGUUCCAUUGGGCAUGUAUACCUGGUUGGCAGCAGAACUUUGCAUACAUUGUGGCUUCCUUUUGUCUCCUUAUGAUUGCACCCUCAUCCUGGAUCUGUGUGGACUUUACCAGAUUUCCAACUCUACCAUCACAAGAGGAGGAGGCCAGAACAUGACACAGUGGCUAGAGGUUAUCAACUGAUCAUUGGUGGGAUUUUUGGGAUUAUGUUCUGAAUGCGAUGUGAAACCACAUCUGACAGAGUUUUCUGUAAUCUCUGAAUUGGACACUACCAUUUCUAUUCUUGAGGAAGUAAUGUUUUCUUCAGUUUGCCUUGAAAUUAAUAAGUUGACCUCAAUAAUGUGUGUUUAUGAGCAAUAGAGCAAGCACUCCUUGGGGUUUUAUUGAAAGUUAUUGACUUGGGAGUGUUUGAUAGUGUUGCAUAAACAGUAUUUUUUUGACCCAGUUGUUGGAGUGGAACUGAAGAUGCCACACUGCUUUGCUGUUCACUAUCCCCUGGCUACUAUCCUAAUCAUUUAUAGUACUACUUGAGGGCUAAAGAUACAGCAGCCAGGAUCUCUUCUCUUGAAGGAUGUAUUUGGGAAAUGUGCUGUUGAAAUUACGUGAUCAGGAGAAUAAAUAAUAACACACCCUUUUCCUGCUAUAAGAUUUCUGUGCAUCAUAGGACAUCGGCACCAAGAUGAACGAAUAAACCAGAGUUCUAGAAUUGGUUCUUUUACAACAGAGAUUACUGCCUUUGUUAUCUUACCUCUCGGACACCUAAAAUGAUGACCUGAAAUAUGUGAGUAUAUGAAGAAUGAUCUUUUGGGCCAGAGAAGGCAGUUAGUCAUGUAGCAUCUUGCAAAGCCCGCAGAAUGAAAUUGUCAAAGGAGGCCUUACAUCUAUUCAUAUUCAGUGGCGAGCAUGUAUCUGAUUGCUUUUCUAUUGAGCUAAAAUCAGAAGUGAAAUAGUUUCUAGCAAUAUUUGUUCAAGAAUAUUGAGUUCGGCAACUUCGCCAACAAUGAGGUAUAGGAAUUGACCUAUUAAGGAUGUGCCCCAGAGCAUUCUGAUAUUCAAUCAUCUUUCCCCAGUCUGGUAUCCUCCUGAUGGGUUAACUGAGAACUCUAGUCCAGCUCAUCUGGAAGACAGCAAGAAGGUGGUGGGUGCACUAAGGCACUGUGAUAGCCAAGCAAAUGAUUAAUGAUGGUGAAGGACAACUGAAGAGGCCCUUGUAGAAAUGGUGACUGCCUCAUGAGAAAGUGCAGUUUGUUCAUUUAAAGGAGAUUUAGCAUUGCUUUGA